CUCAACAACACAACCAACAGCAAAAACACAAGCGGCCAGGACGCCCAUCCUCUGACAAACUCACCUCCUCUCAUUCUCCACGAUUUCGACAAUCAUUUAAUUCGACAAACCAUCCCAUCACUUCAAAAUGUCUGCAGUCGAUACCGCUCCCCGCCCCACCGGCUACAUGUCCGACUCCGAUGACGGCCAAGCCUCCGGCGGCCGCAAGAUCUCCACCAACGUCGGCUACCCUCCUUCCUCGUCACACCUCAACCGCCCCGCCGGCUCCAUCGUCAAGGGCCCCGUCGACGACAAUGGCAAGCUAAAGGAUGCCGCACUUCUGCUGGGUAUCAAGCUGGAUCUCGAAGCGGAAAUUCAUUUGACCGCCAGGGUACGAGGUGACAUCACGAUCGGGUUGUACUGAGCCCAAGUUGGUGGUCAUUGAUUCGAUACUUGUCUAUGGAUGCAGAGAAAGAGCGGCGCCGCGUUCGAGGCGACGACAUGAUGGUUGGAUUGGAAUUGGAUGAGCCUUUGAGAGCAUGUCAUCAGCAACCGGAGUACUGAAUAUCCUGAGCCUUCAAUAUAACCGUGUUUCUGCGUUGGACAAAUUG